AUGUACCAAUUGAUCCUGCUGACACUUGUGGUGUUGCUCUCCUCAUCAUCUUUGGUAAAUGGAGGAAAAGUCUUGGUGUUCCCUUUGGAUGGAAGCCACUGGGUCAACAUGAAUGUUAUGAUAAAGGAGCUUCACGCCAGAGGACAUGAGGUGACCGUGAUGCGGCCUUCUGAUUCCUGGUACAUCAAAGAAGAAUCCCAGUACUACAAGACCAUCACAAUUUCCUCAACUGGUUUUGAUGAACAUAACUUUGGGUCACUAAUCAUGAGAACACUAAACAUGCGUCGCCAAGGCUCUUCCAUAUGGACUCGCCUUUCUACAGAAUACAAGCAAUUAAAACACUUCCAUCAGAUGAACAAACAGGUUCUUCAAACAAUGGAAGAAAUAUUUGAGAAUACAAAACUGAUGCAGAGCCUUCGCGAUGCCAAAUUUGAUCUGGUUCUCACUGAUCCUGGAACUGGUGGAGGAGUACUUCUAGCUCACCGUUUGGGUCUUCCACUUGUCUAUAAUGUCAGAUGGACUAUUCAGGGUGAAGGGCAUGAAGCAAUUGCACCCUCCCCACUUUCUUAUGUCCCAAUACCAACAGCAGAUCUAACUGAUAAGAUGACAUUUGCUCACAGGGUCAAAAAUGUCCUUAUCUACAUCUUAUCUCGUGUCCAAAUUUUUUUCAUUGUAGAUUCAAAUUACAAACCUUUUGUCCAUCGUUAUUUUGGCAGUGAUGUACAUUACAUGGAGCUGUUUCAGGCAGCUGAUAUCUGGCUGAUGAGAAAUGAUUUCACCUUUGAGUUUCCACGACCUACU